UAUUUUCUAAUUAUUUAAAAAUAAAAAAAUUAGAAAUAAUAAAAAAAACGAAGUUCAUUUAUUGAUUUUGAUUUGUUUCUAAAUAAAUUUUAAUUUAUAAAAGAAUUUAAAAAAAUUCUUCUUAUUAAUAAAUCAAAAAAAAAAGAUACCUAUGAAUAUGUCGAUGAUGACGACAUUUACAUGAGUUUUUUCAUUGUUUUAAAUGAAUUUUUAUCUUUUUUUUGUUAUUUGAACCAUUUAAAUUGAUUUUUUCUACUUUUUUUCUUUUAUUAAAAUUAAAAUAAAUAAAUAAAUAUUUUUCAUUUUUUUUGUUAAAUAACUUAUUUGAAUCUUUAAAUUAAUUUUUUUUAUCAAUAUGUUCAAGUGAUCAAUUUUUAACUGGAUCAAUUAAUUCAAGACUAUCAUUAUCAUUAUCACUAAAUAUAACAAUUUUUGUUUUUUUUUUUAACAUUUUAUUUUUAAUAUUUAUUUUAUUAAAUUAAUCUAUUUAGAAUUAUCUGAUCAGUUGAUUUACCCAUUUUUAUUUUAUUUUUUUCUUAUCGUUUAUGAAAUAAAUUUUCAAUAUCUAUUUAUAUAAAGAGAGAGAGAGAGAGAAAGGAUUAAACUAACAUCUAUCGAUAUUCGACAACAAUUAAAUAUAUAUGUAUGAGGUUGUCAUGUUAACAGAUUGUUCCAUGGUCAUUUGAUUUUUGAAAUAAAUAAGUUACUUUUGAUUUAUUUUAUUCUUCAAAAUAAAAAUGUCAAUUGAAUAUUAUAAAUCUAAUUCACCAUCAAAUAGAUAUGUUUAUUUUAUUAAAUAAAUGAAUGAAAUAUAUAUAUAUAUAUAUAUAUACACAUGUAGAGAUCACCGAGUAAUAAUAACAUCUCGUUUAAUACUAUUCGAAAAAUUACCUCGUAUUGAAGGAAAUUCAAAUGAAUAUAUACCUAAUCCACCAAAUUCAAAAAAUUUAAAUAAAACUCCAAGAUAUAGACAAAUAAAUAAAAAUGAUAUAAUAUUAUUUACUAUUCGUUUAAAUGAUGAAAGACGUUUAGAAAAAGAAUUUAAUUCAAAUGAUAAAAUAUUUGAUAUAAUUAAAUAUGUUAAAUCUCAACAAAUUGUUAUUGAUGAUAAUUUUUAUCUUAGUAGUGAAGAUAUUCCAAAAAAAAGAAUUUCGGCACAGCCAAGCGUUACGGAAUUUCAUUUUUUAAACUUGCGAGACAUAUAUCUCCUCAAUAACAAGAGAGAUGUUUCUGAAAUUUUGGGCAUCUAUGUAGAUUAA